GGAGCAUACUGGGAGAAAGUUCCUGGGUCGCUGAAGAUGGUGUCUGUCAGCUCAUAUAACAAUGAUGUCUGGGGAGUCAACAAGUAUAACCAAAUCUAUCAUUGGACCGGGUCUCGCUGGCAGAAUAUCCCUGGAACGUUGAAGUAUGUUUCCGUGGGGAAGUCAGGCGUCUGGGGCGUCAAUCCAUCCAAUCAGAUCUACUACCGUGCAUCCGCGGAUUCCCCGAGAUGGCAGCACGUUCCGGGAUCCUUGGUUCAGCUUUCUGUCGGGAGUGGAGUCGUGUGGGGAGUGAACAGCAACGACCAGAUAUACAUGCGGAAAGGGAUAAGCUCGGAUAACCCGGUGGGACUCGGAUGGAUGAAUAUUGAAGGGUCGCUGAAAGAAGUGCACGUCAGUUCCAGCUGGAACAUUGUGUGGGGAGUGAACAAGUAUAAGAAUGUCUACAGGCGUGAUGGGCUGGGUAAAACAUAUAAGUGGAUGGCCGGAUAUUAAGGAGACAGCCGGGACCAAGGAGGAGACGAGAGAUGGACGACAUUGAAGGAGACGAACAGAUGGCUGAAAAAUUUAAAACGGAAGUUGUUGAAGAGAUUCAUUUGUCACGUAUAGAUACAGUUACUAGAGGAUUCUUUCAACAGUGACAAGUUGGAAGGGUAAGAAU